GCCCACACAGCAGACAUCAAAGCUACUGAUGUCAUCGGCUGGUGUUUCUCUUCUCUUGCUGUUUCACUCUGUCAUGGUCUUUGCACAAAGCUCUACUCUUACAGUGACACAUAAAACAGACGAGUUUCUGGGACCAGUCGAGUGUCUGGAAAAGAAGUAUACUCGUGAAUCAUGUGACCUUGUGUUUUGUCCUCCAUGGCAGUCUUGCAUCCAGGGACGUUGUUCCUGUAAACUGCCCUACCAGUGUCCCACAGAGGGUUUGGCCUCAGUAUGUAGUCGUGGCAACAGGCAGCUACGCUCCUAUUGCCAGGCGAUGGCGGUUUCCUGUCAGUCCAAGAAACCUGUCAUGUCCCACUUUGGAGAAACCUGCACAGCGGAUGUACCGAAGUUCAGAAGUUCAUUAGAGCAAGACACAGGAGUGGUCCGGCUCUUUGUUCCAAGCCCUGGAGGAGGUGGAGAGGAGUUACUGGUGUGUCAGGAGCUGUGGGACAUGGCUGCCGCUAACGUGGCCUGCAGGGAGAAAGGACACCCACUCGGUGCGGCAACAGCUGACACCUUGUCUUACACUUCCCUGGCGAGCCACCAUAACGACGAACAGUUUCCGGACAGAUGUGUGAGUGUCCGCUGCCAAGGUUACGAGAACUCCCUGUCAGAGUGUGUCAUCUACGACAAGACCAACAUUGACAACAUGAAUGUUGCCACGGCAACCUGUGUACAACCAGCAGAUGAGGAGUGUGACUUCAGGUGUGUGAACGGGAAGUGUGUGUCUCUGACUCAGACGUGUGACGGAGUUGAUGAUUGUGGUGACCGCAGUGAUGAGAUGUGCUGCAAGAAAUGCAGGGAUUGGGCUUUCCGCUGCAGCUUGGGUGUGUGUUUGCCUAAAGAGGCGGUCGGUGACGGACAGAUCGACUGUCUGGAUGGCGAGGAUGAAUCAAACAAACACACAGAGCUGGCGACGGUGAACUCUCCUCUCACAAACACAGAGUACAUCUCUCCUAAAAAUGAAACAAGGGUCACCAGAGCGCACAUGGAGUCCAAGGUGAACUGUGGGGUUCCUAAAACAGCCAGAGACGAUAUCGAGGAGGAGGAGCUAGUAAGAAGCAGACGCAUCAAGAGAGUGGUGGGAGGACAGCCAGCAGCGCCGACUCAGAUCCAGUGGCAGGUUGCUAUAGAGAUGAACAGGAGGUUCCAGUGUGGAGGAGCUUAUAUCGGAGGCUGCUGGGUAAUCACCACUGCUCACUGCCUUGAGCCCAACCCCUCUCUCUCCAUACAAACUCCUGGUCCAGACAGCCAAACCAAAAAGCCUAACGUGGCUGCUUUGAUUGUGAAGUUUUCUCUUUGGAAGAGGGCGAAAGCUCAGGACUCAACCGACGUAGUUCCUGUUCAGGACGUCCACAUCCACCCCAAGUACAACCCCAACACCCGUGAGAAUGACAUUGCUCUGGUGCAGCUGAUGAAACUUCCGUUCAGUGACGAGUGUUUGUUGGACAACUCAGCAGUCAGCCCUGUCUGCGUUCCCUGGACCCCCAGGCUCUUUCAUCCCAACCACACCUGCACCAUCUCUGGAUGGGGACAAAAUGCAGGUGGCAGACUGUCUCAGGUCUUACAGUGGGCCAAAGUUUCCCUCAUUGAAGACUGUCACAGAUUCUACAAUGACCGCAUUAAACCCGGCAUGAUCUGCGCAGGGGAUCUGGACGGCACUGUGGACGCCUGUCAGGGGGAUAAUGGAGGCCCUCUGGUGUGUGAGGAUGAACUCGGUGUUUCUUACUUAUGGGGCAUUGUAAACUGGGGGCAGAGAUGUGGCCAGUCGCAAUCACCUGGAGUUUAUACACAGGUUGCUCAUUACUUUGAGUGGAUCAGACAACAAACCGGCUGGCCUUCUGUGACCAAGUUCAACUCCUAAUAACACACUCACAUAACAAGCCACAUAGGGAUUACAUUCAUAUUUUACCUUGUCUUCAGCUGUGUAUUGAUGUAAUUCUAGCUUUCAUUUCUCAUGUUUUAGGAAAUUAUUGAUUUGUUUCUGACAGUUAUUUUAACCAUUUGCUCUGGAUGUUUUGUGUGGGUUUAUUAAUGUACAUUAAUUAAAUAUUGUGUUGUAAUUUUGUAGCAUUUAAUAUACUGUUAUUACCUGCUUGAUCUUAUGUUUGGUUGCAUUAUUUCUACUGUUAGCAUUAUUCAGGAAGCAAACUAGUACCUGCAAAGC